AUCUUGCCGCCAUUUUUCCGCCAGUUUCCAGCACGACCUCCUCUCAAAAGGUACUACAAAAGCCCCUCAGGCUUUUGUAGUACCUUUUGUAGGUAGCACAUUUCCGAUAACGCGAUAACGUUAGUGGUUCAGCCAGCUGAACCGCUGAGCGGCUGAGCCUGGCCGUAUCCAAUCCAAUGCAAUCCCGUAAAAGUCCACCAUGUUUGAAGGCCUUUCUUGAACUCGACUCCUCUUCUAGGAUGAAAGCAAGUGGUAGGGACUGUUUUACAGCGUCCAUCGCUCCUUUUUCUGAAGGGAGGGACGUCGUGAAAAGCGAUGAGCUAGUGAGUUCCAACAGGCCGAACGGCAGCGGCGCCGUGCAGCCCUCGACGGCUGCACCCGUGAACCGACCUCAGCUGAGCAGAGAAACACUACGACUAGAAAUCCAAAAGAAGAAGCUUCUCCUAGGCACCGUGAAAAAGUGCUGCCUGCCAGAUGGAGGGGCGCGGCUGGUUCAGCAACUAGAGGAGCUGGAGGAACGGCUCUCCUGCCUGGAUCUCGCCGGGGCAGGGCAGGAGGCCGGCAGCCCAGAAACCCUCCGCGAGCGCAGAGACGCAGAGCCGGCGGCGCAUCCCACGGCGGCAGAGGCCUCAAGGCCGACUAAUGCGCCCUCCGGAGAGGUUAGGCCACAGAAGGCCGGAACCAAGGGUGUGCUGCUCACUUCCCCUCUGCCCCUGGCAAAAGAAACGAAAAACACAAAAGCGGGCGGGCAGGCAACGCUGGGUACGAGGGGGCGGCCUUCCCCUCCCCCCAGCUCCCCGCACCUGCGUGCUUUCCUCGAGAGCCUGGAGAGCUGUCCCGGGGAGGAUGAGGAGUCUGGUCAGCCCAGAGGGGUCCUCACUCCUCUGAUGCCCCACCAGAAGCAGGCCCUGAGCUGGAUGCUCUGGAGGGAGACACAGGACCCCAGAGGGGGCAUCCUGGCGGACGCCAUGGGUCUGGGCAAGACGCUCACGGUGCUGGCUCUGAUCCAGAAGCAGCUGGAGGCAAGCAGCGGAGAUCCUCCAGGUGGUGGCACCCUGGUGGUGUGCCCGGUGUCCCUGGUGCACCAGUGGGCGGGGGAGGCCAAGCGGCACCUGGCACCCCCCUUGCGCGCGCACGUACACCACGGCAAGGGCCGGGCUUCCCACGCCAGCGAGCUGGCACGCCACCGCCUGGUGGUCACGAGCUACGAGACUGUGAGCAGCGAGUGGGACAAGUGGCGGCAGGCCUCGGAGACGGCAGACGGCCCGGUGAAGCCCGGGGCAUCUGUGCGGGGACCCGCUGCCCUGUUUGGAGUGUCGUGGCAGCGCGUCGUCCUGGACGAAGCGCACGUGGUGCGCAACCUGCGCACCCGGAGAGCCAAGGCCGUGCGAGCCCUCUCAUCCCACGCGCGCUGGGCCGUCACGGGGACACCCGUGCACAACGACUUGGGAGACCUGCGUUCCCUGCUCAAAUUCCUACGGUGCCGGCCUUUUGACGACGACGGCUUCUGGAGUCGCUGGAGCCGGGACCACCCCGGACCAGACUCCAUGGCUGUGGUUGUCAAGUGCCUCCUCCUGCGCAGGACCAAAGACCAGAAGGGCAAGGACAACCAGCCCCUGGUGCCCCUUCCAGAGCGAACAGUGGUGCUGCACAAGCUGCGAUUGGCGGGCACGGAGGCCAGGCUGUACGAGGACAUCGACCGCUGGUCGAGGUUGACGGAGCCGGAAAAGUAUGUGGACCCCGUGAGCAAGAAGGAGUUGUACCGCAACGUUGGAUCGAGGCGUUUCGUGGCACUGAUCCGUUUGCAGCAGGCCUGCUCGCACCCUGCGCUUCUCAAGAGGAGGGUGCUCGAGGACGCAGAGGUGGACUGCGACGACCUGCUGGCCGCGUGUUUCUCGGGCCUGAGCUUGAACAAAACGGCGGACCAGGGACUGGACGUUCUGGACAAGUACUCCCGCUGUUCCGAGAUGGAGCGCUCCUUCACCAGCUGCAAGCUGGCGACCCUCCUACAGCUGCUCGAGGAGGUGCCCCCAAAGGACAAGAGCGUGGUGCUGUCCAAGUGGACGUCCCUGCUUGCCCUGGUCGAGGAGCACCUGGGACGCCGCGCCAUCCCGUGCGCCACCAUCCAGGGCAGCGUGCCGGGCCAGAGGCGAGCCGAAAUUGUGCAUUCCUUCAACCGAGACCCCCGGGGGCCUAAGGUGCUGCUCCUGUCCCUAGAGGCGGGAGGCGUCGGCCUGAACUUGAUCGGAGCCAAUCACAUGUUCGCCUUGGACGUCCACUGGAACCCAGCUAUGGAGGCACAGGCGUUCGACCGCAUUCAUCGCGUGGGCCAGACCAAACCAGUGGUGAUUAACCGGCUCAUCUGCGCGGGCACCGUAGAGGAGCGAAUCUUGGAGCUCCAAGCGCAGAAGCAGAGGUUGGCCGACAGCGUGGUGGCCAGCCGCAGGCUCACGAAGGAGGACUACCGGUUUCUCUUGCCGCUCGCCAGCGGCUAGCGCCGGUCGGAGCUCUGGUCGUCGUGGGGAGGAGUCCUCCCCUGCCAGAACGUCGUUCGCAUUUCAGACAGGACGGAGAACUGUGCCCCAGAAGUGCGACGACGCUUGCACAAAAAUGACAGAGCGUUCACCGAUUUUGGGCAGCGAGAGCCUCUCUUAUCCGUGUUUGUUGAGGAAGCAAACGGUCCCGUUUUGGAUGGUUGUUUCUUUAAGACUACAAUUCGUUAUUUUUUUGCAGAAUUCUAACAUUUGUCUACUUUGUUUGUGCACCGUAAUUUUUUUUCUUAUCUGCUUUUUUCUUUAACUGUUUUACAGCAUUUUCAUGCGUUCUCCACGUUCUUCAUUGUGUUCCUGCCAUUUUUUAUGUAUUUACUCAAUACUGUUAGGACAGUUUGUAAAAUCCAAGCGUAAUGAGCACCAUUACCUGCAGGGUAGCAAAAAUAAAGGUUUAUUUAUUCAG